AUGAAGAUCCAGACAAACAUCCUCCUCCUGUUGGUGUGCAUAUUGGGCAUUCUUGGUGUCUGUCGAGGAGGCAGCCUGAGGAAGAAUUUCUAUAAGAAAACAUGUCCACGCGCAGAGAUUAUUGUCAAGAAUGUCACUUGGGCACAUGUCUCCACCAAUCCCAACUUGCCGGCAAGGCUGCUCAGAUUGCAUUUCCACGACUGUUUUGUUAUGGGUUGCGAUGCAUCGGUUUUAUUGAAUUCAACAGCAAAUAACGUCGCAGAGAAGGACGCAAUACCAAACUUUUCUUUGUUAGGUUACGAUGUUAUUGACGACAUUAAAGCCAAAGUUGAGAAGGAAUGUCAAGGAGUUGUAUCUUGUGCUGAUAUCGUGGCUUUGGCUGCUAGAGACUCUGUUUCCUUCCAGACGUUAAAACCUUUCAACUAUACCGCAGCUAAAAGCUCAGGUCCUGAGCAAAUCUCUCUAGAUCCAGAAUUUAACCGAGAAGUUGAUGAAGAAGAAAAGCAAGAGCAAUUGAUACCUAGCACUGGGAACUCGACCCGGGAUCUCGACCUCGAAUUCCACAGGCAGACCCAGAAAGCCAUUGAAGCGGUCGAAGGUCACGUGUGUGAUGUGCUGGACGUUGGUGGGCCACCCGAUUUCCAUGUGAUGAACGGUGGACAUCACAUCGUCUCCCCUAUCGACCCGGCAAGCCACCAUGGAUUUCCUCAGCGCCGCGACGAGAACCGCCACCAGCGAGAGCUGAACUUUAUGUUUUGUGCUGUAAAAGCUUUUUGCUCUGAUAUAGAGGAUUCUGAAAUGAAGAUCCAGACAAACAUCCUCCUCCUGUUGGUGUGCAUAUUGGGCAUUCUUGGUGUCUGUCGAGGAGGCAGCCUGAGGAAGAAUUUCUAUAAGAAAACAUGUCCACGCGCAGAGAUUAUUGUCAAGAAUGUCACUUGGGCACAUGUCUCCACCAAUCCCAACUUGCCGGCAAGGCUGCUCAGAUUGCAUUUCCACGACUGUUUUGUUAUGGGUUGCGAUGCAUCGGUUUUAUUGAAUUCAACAGCAAAUAACGUCGCAGAGAAGGACGCAAUACCAAACUUUUCUUUGUUAGGUUACGAUGUUAUUGACGACAUUAAAGCCAAAGUUGAGAAGGAAUGUCAAGGAGUUGUAUCUUGUGCUGAUAUCGUGGCUUUGGCUGCUAGAGACUCUGUUUCCUUCCAGUUCCAAAAACCAAUGUGGGAAGUGCUUACAGGAAGAAGAGAUGGCAAUGUUUCACAAAACGCAUCAGCCUUAGCAAACCUUCCACCACCUUUCUUUAACGUCACCCAGCUCAUGCAAAACUUUGCCAGCAAAAAUCUUAACUUGCAUGACCUCGUCGUAUUAUCAGGUGCGCACACUAUUGGAAUAGGUCAUUGCAUAGCGCUCACCAACAGGCUCUACAAUUUCACUGGGAAAGGUGACCAAGACCCUUCUCUGGACUCCACCUAUGCCGAAAUAUUGAAGAAAAAAUGCCCCAACCCCAAUGACAUAACAACAACAGUAGAAAUGGACCCCGGAAGCUUUCAAAACUUUGACAGCAACUACUACAAUAUCCUUCUGCAGAAUAAGGGUCUCUUCCAAUCCGACGCGGCUCUUUUGAAAAACAAGCAGGCCAAAAAAAUUGUCCAAGAACUGGUUAGCCAAACCAAGUUCUUCACAGAAUUUGCACAGUCAAUGAAGCGAAUGGGAGCCAUUGAGGUCCUUACUGGAACUGCUGGGGAGAUUAGGAAGCAAUGUUGGAAGGUCAAUUCUUAA